UUUCCAGUGAUCUGAUUGGUCAGUAGCUGUUGACAGGAGAAGGUUAGCUGUUCAGCAUCAGUUACCAUGGUGAUUUACCUGAUAACAGGUGAACUUUGGUUGUGACCCUGAAACCCCAGAGUUAAAGCUGAAGUUUCCUCACUAACCUCAAAUCCUGCUUCAGAACACAGACCAGGUCUCAGUCAGUUUGGACCUGAUGUGUAGUUACUGCAUUCAGCCUGUAGGUGGCAGUGAUGAGACACAGAACAACAACAGAGACUGUGGGUUAUUCACUGAUCACAGGGUUGGUGGUUUGAUCCCCAGCUGCUGAAGUGUCCUUGAACCCACAGUUUCCUCACUUGCUGAUGGUGUAAAGGAGAAGUGAAUGCAACACUGAAGGAUUACAUGGAGAAGCCCGGCUCCUAACAGCGCUGUCGUUGGCGUGUGACGACAUCACGUUCUGUUGUCACUGCCGUCCCGUCUGUCCAGGAACAGAAAGAGAAGAUCAUGGAGGAAACUCUGUGUAUUUUCCUGCUUAUUUCUCAGCUCUCUGUCGCUGUCAGUGGAACACUUGUAGUGAAUGUGGCACAGACCUUCUAUCAGGCAGAGGAGAACCACCACAUCACACUGGAAUGGACCUUCACACCCAAAACUCUCAGCUCCUCCAACAUUUAUAUCCUCUGUGAACUGUUGACUGAUCAGAAAGUCUCAAAAGUCCUGUUUCAGCUCCAUGAGGGUGUUGAGGUCUCAGAGUCUCAGGAUGAACAGUUUUCAGGACGAGUCCAGUUUGACAAAGACGUCCUCAGAGAAGGACGACUCAGACUUGAUGUGUCCAGACUCAGGACUGAGGACUCAGGUCUGUACCUGUGUGAGGUCAACACAGAGUCCGGUUCAAGCUCUGACAAGUGUCGACUCAACGUCACUGCGACUCAUCAGCUCACCUGUCAGACUGAACCGAUCCAGGCAGAAGAAGGUGGUGAUGUUUCACUGCAGUGUCGUCUGGAUCCAUCAGUGGACUUGAGGAAAGAAACACUGGAUUUUACCAGAGCUGACCUCAACAGAGAAGAUGAUGUGGUCCACUCGUACCGCCACGAAAAGGACCAAACUGAUCCACAGAUGGAUCAGUACAGAGGCAGGACGACUCUGAUCCAUGAAGAUCUGAUCAGAGGAAUCAUCAGUCUGAACAUCUCCUCAUUGACCCUGACAGACAGUGGACUGUACACAUGUUACGUCCCAGACCUGGAAGCCUAUUGUACCAUAACUCUUACUGUUGUGAGAAAAGACCAAGACAACAGGACAAACACAACGAUCAUCGAGUCAGAGAAACCAGGAGCUGAGAAGAUGGAUGUUGGUGCCAUUGUUGGUGGUGUUCAUGGUGCUCUCAUUGGUCUUGGUCUCAUUCUUAUCGGAGUCCUGGUGAAACUUGGAAUAAUCAAGAACAGGUGUGGAACAGACCAGCAGGUGGCAGCAGACAGAUCUCAGACAGAGGAGUUGAACCCUGCAGGAAACGGUUUGAUAAACGUGGUCUCAGAGGCAUAGAGGUGGUAGAUGAUGGACGACCAUUUAUUACCUGAGAUCAGAAACCACAGGUGUGAUUGUGGGGGGGGCAUCCUUCAUGGUCAGACAUAUAAAUUGUGAAACAGCUACCUUAAAUAAGGACUGUGGUGAUGUAAAGAUAACUAGAGACUGACACUAAUGAACUGUUUGUAGUUCAGUGUCAUUCAUCCUCAGACAUCAUCGGACCAACAGCUGCUGCCGUCCAUCAUGAUGUUGACUGCUCAGGGAUUUUUUUUUUUUUUUUACCUCUGAAUGUAAAAUAUAUAUAUAUAUUUAAGGGAAAACAAUAAUAUAUAAUAAUAAUAUAUUUUUUUAUAUUGUAUAUAUUCAUGAAAUGAAUCCAGUGUCACCAGCUGAUUGGACUCUGUCUCUAAUGUGGUCACACUGUUUUAGUUUCUGUUUAAGUUGUUGGUUUGUUUUUGUGUUUGUUUGUGUCUCAGUGUUUCUGAUGCUGUACUGUUUACAGAUACAGGGAGGAUUUAAACUGUGAGUCUGUCUUUGAUGGAGAGAUGAUCUCCCACUGUGUUUGUUUUACCGUAUGAUGAAGUCUUCCUUCUUCAUUUUUUAUGGUUUUGUCUGCUCUGUUUCGUUUAGUAAAUAAAGUUUUAAUAAUACUGCCA